CCAGGGAGGGAGUUCCUUUCCGGUAAUAGUAAAAGAACGUGAUGCUGAAUGAAAACGCAGCAACAGCAUCUUCAUUAGUUGGAGCUUGACUCUUCUUUGCUUUUUAAUGCUGAUUUCUUUGUCACCAGGUCUGCUGAAAAAUGACAGAAUAUAAACUUGUGGUCGUUGGAGCUGGUGGUGUAGGCAAGAGUGCCUUGACAAUACAGCUAAUUCAGAAUCACUUUGUGGAUGAAUAUGACCCUACAAUAGAGGAUUCCUACAGGAAGCAAGUAGUAAUUGAUGGAGAAACCUGUCUCUUGGAUAUUCUUGACACAGCAGGUCAAGAAGAAUACAGUGCAAUGAGGGACCAAUAUAUGAGAACAGGGGAAGGCUUCCUGUGUGUAUUUGCUAUAAACAAUACAAAGUCUUUUGAAGAUAUUCACCAUUAUAGGGAACAGAUAAAGAGAGUUAAAGACUCUGAAGAUGUCCCAAUGGUGCUAGUAGGAAACAAAUGUGAUUUGCCUUCCAGAACAGUAGAUACAAAACAAGCUCAGGAUUUAGCAAGAAGUUAUGGAAUUCCUUUCAUUGAAACAUCAGCAAAGACAAGACAGGGUGUUGAUGAUGCCUUCUAUACAUUAGUUCGAGAAAUCAGAAAACAUAAAGAGAAGAUGAGCAAAGACGGUAAAAAGAAGAAAAAGAAGACAAAGACAAAGUGUGUAAUUAUGUAAAAACAAUUUAUCCUUAUUCUUAGAAGUACUUAAGUAAUUUUGUACAUUACACUAAAUUAUUAGCAUUUGGUUUAGCAUUACUUUACUUUCUGCUUCAUGAUCCUGUUAGCUUUACCUGAAUGCUUGUUUUAAAUGACAGUGGAAACUUCAUUCCUCUUAAAGUGCCAGUAUUCUUUGACUGUUCGUUCUUGAACUAGCAAUGCCUGUGAAAGAAAACAAAACAAAAAGACACAAAAGCCUGAGUACUGUCUUGGGACUCUUUGGUGCAUGCACAGUUGCUAACUUUCUGUUUUUCUUACUGCUUGUGAACUUCUGUUGUGUGUGCAAACCAAACAAUGAAAUGAUGCUCUACACAUUCAAACAUCCCCUUUGAAUUUUUGGGUUUUAAAUCUGGUUGGGGAAAAAGGACUAGUCAGCAAAAGACUUCCAUUUUCACCUUUCUUUUAUUUUAAACUGACUGCAAUAUAGAGAGACCAGAAGCCUUUUAUAGUCUUCCUGUAGAUUUUGCUUCUAGGCCUCUAGUCUUGUAGCAUUUCAGAUCAACUUGAAUGAAUGUAAAGAUAAAAUUUUCACAAACACAAAAAAAUCACCGCAAUUUGUCACGGUCACUCCUUAAAUACUCUAUUUUUUCUAUAAAAAAUAAGAAAAAUUAA